GACCCUCCUUUUUCAUUUCCUACUUUCUUCCCCCAUUGGAGAAAGAGAAGAGGAGAACACACCAAUUUCUUCUCGAAGCCCUAGAAAUUAUCAAUCCGACCGGAGAAAUGAUUAAUUUCAGGCCGCCGGAGACGAAGACGAGGUCGUCUUUAGGUUCGAGUUCGUCGGUCGUCACGGCGGAGAAAGCGUUGUCAUUCAUCUCGAAAGGAUGGCAAGAGGUAAGAUCAUCAGCGGACGCGGAUCUUCAACUCAUUAAAAACCGAGCGAGCUCGUUUAAGAACUUAGCGGACCGAGAACUGGAGAAUUUCAUAAAUUCUGCUUCGAAAUCGCCCUUCACUGUUCCAACAAUUACGGCAUCUGCCACUACCACGCCGGCGGAGAUUGAAUUUGUGAAGAAGCUCCGUCCCAAGCUCUCGGAGAUUCGUAGGGCUUAUUCCUCGCCGGAAUUCAAGUGGCCGGCGCAGGGGAAGCUCCGGAUUGAUUUGUCAUCGAUAAAGAAUGUGAUUGUGGCGGAAGUGGAAGAGGAGGAGGAAGAUGAGAGAGAGAGGUGGAGGAAGUGGAGGAGAGAGAGGUUUAAGGAAGAAGGGCAAUUUGGGGAAUUUAAUUGGGAGCCAAUUAAGGCUUUCAAGACUCGGUUAAGGGAGCUAGAGGUGGAUCUAAAGGGCGGCUCCAGUUCGUCGCCGGUGGAUAUUUUUGAAGGGAUAAAGAAUAGUGAAUUCGUGGUGAAAGUAAAAUCAAGCUUGNGAAGUAUAGAGAAAACUAGGAGAGAUACGCAGGGGGUGCCACCACUUGAUGUGCCAGAAUUGUUAGCAUAUUUAGUUAGACAGUCGAGCCCAUUUUUGGAUCAAAUUGGAAUAAGAAGAGAUAUAUCAGAAAAGAUUGUGGAUAGUUUAUGCAGCAAAGGACGAAGCAAACUUUUGCUACAUUCCUUACCCGAAGGAGGGUCCUCACUGACUGAUGGUGAAAUUAUGAAUGAUGAACUAGAUUUAAGAAUUGCCAGUGUUCUUCAAAGUACUGGUCAUUGUUAUGAAGGUGGAUUUUGGGGAGAUUCUACCAAGCAGAACCUAUUAGGUGAUAAAAGGCAUGUAGCAAUAGUCACAACUGCUAGCCUUCCUUGGAUGACGGGAACUGCUGUAAAUCCUCUAUUCCGAGCGGCUUACUUAGCCAAAUCAGAAAAGCAGAAUGUUACAUUGCUGGUUCCAUGGCUAUGUAAAUCCGACCAAGUGCUAGUUUAUCCAAACCAGCUUACUUUUAGUUCUCCUGAAGAUCAGGAGCUUUAUAUACGCAAUUGGCUCGAGGAGCGAAUUGGUUUCAAGGCAAACUUCAAGAUUUCAUUUUACCCUGGGAAGUUUUCCAAAGAAAGGCGGAGUAUAAUGCCAGCUGGAGACACUUCUCAGUUUAUCCCUUCAAGAGAUGCCGAUAUUGCAAUUUUAGAGGAGCCAGAACAUCUCAAUUGGUACCACCAUGGCAAACGUUGGACUGAUAAAUUUAACCAUGUUGUUGGCAUCGUCCACACAAACUAUUUGGAAUAUAUCAAGAGGGAAAAGAAUGGGGCUCUUCAGGCAUUUUUUGUGAAACACGUUAAUAAUUUGGUCAGUAGAGCAUAUUGUGACAAGGUUCUUCGCCUUUCUGCUGCUACACAGGAUUUACCCAAGUCCUUGGUCUGCAAUGUUCAUGGUGUCAAUCCAAAGUUUCUGAAAAUAGGAGAAAAAGCAGCUGCAGAUAGACAAAGCGGCCAGCAAGUGUUCUCUAAAGGAGCAUAUUUCUUAGGCAAAAUGGUUUGGGCGAAGGGAUACCGGGAGUUGAUAGAUCUGUUAGCAAACCACAAAACUGACCUUGAUGGUUUUAAUUUGGAUGUAUAUGGCAAUGGGGAAGAUGCUCAUGAAGUACAGAGUAUAGCAAAGAGGUUAAAUCUCAAUGUCAACUUCAUGAAAGGUAGAGACCAUGCAGAUGAUUCUCUUCAUGGUUACAAGGUUUUCAUAAAUCCUAGUCUCAGUGAUGUGCUUUGUACUGCCACGGCCGAGGCUCUUGCAAUGGGGAAAUUUGUAGUCUGUGCAGACCACCCAUCAAAUGAGUUUUUCCAGGCAUUCCCGAAUUGCUUGACUUAUAGGACACCUGAUGACUUUGUCUCAAAAGUUCAAGAGGCAAUGUCCAGCGAACCUCAACCUCUCACUCCCGAGGAGCAAUACAAGCUUUCAUGGGAAGCUGCUACCCAGAGAUUCAUGGAAUAUUCCGACCUCGAUAAGGUUUUGACUAGUGAAACAAGUUUGUACAGGAGACGUCAGAAGGGCAUGGGAAAAUCAGUUUCCAUGCCAAACCUAGCAGAGAUGGUAGAUGGGGGUCUGGCGUUUGUUCACAAUUGUUUCACGGGGAACGAGUUCUUGAGGUUAUGUACUGGCGCAAUACCUAGAUCUCGGGAUUAUGACCAGGAGCAUUGCAAAGAUCUCCAUCUCUUGCCUCCUCAGGUAGAAAACCCAAUAUAUGGCUGGUAAAUAGAUAUGUAACUAACAUGUAUAUCAUUAUUUCUAAAAUGUAUAAUAGGAUGUCAUGCAAACUGGAUGAUAAUUCUUAGCUCCAAUUCUAAAGGUCUAGGUCUUGAUGCUUUCUAGCUGUUGAUGCAGUUAAACCUGCAGGGUAGUUUAUAGGAUCAUACGUAAAGUUUGUAACCUGUAAUAGUCAUACCUUCUGUCUCUCUUUAGCUAUAUGCUUGAGUUUCAGGUAAGUGUACCGGAUCUACUCCAUAUUUAGAAUUAAUAGUCCAAAUUCGUCUACGAAGUUGGAAAAUUUCCAACAGCUGAAGCAACUGCUCACUUGUACUAUGCUUGUACGACUAUUAUGUGGUUUAAGACUUUAGACUGUAGCA